AUGUUCUCUGCAUCGAGUGCUCCUGGCAUAACACAUCAAAGUGUUCCAUCAGUGCAAAUCAGUCUAACAGCGCAAAGCAAUAUUGCAGCGGGUCGAAAUAUCUCCAACAGUAAUGCUGGACACGUAUCAGUUGGUCUUGUAAAAAAGAGAGAUUCUUCAAAAAUAUCGGAUCGAAAAAAUAUCAACCAUAGGCGCGUAGUGAUGGACCAAACAAAUUCGUCAACUCAAAAAACUAUCAACAGUAAUUCUGGACACGUAUCGAUCGGUCGUAUAAAAAGAGAAAAUCCUUCAUCAGCUCUUAACAGUGAUAAUAUUAAUUCUGAAAAUACAUCAAUCUUUAGUAAGAUCGAACAAAAGCUUGAUUUGGCACGCACUGGUAAUGGUAUGCGUUCUAUGCCUACAUAUUCGACCAGACCGUUAAGUUCACAAGAUGUUUCAUUGAUUCAUAUCCCUGAUUAUCGAGAUUCGACAUCAUCAUUUGGUAUCACUAAUCAAAAAAGUAUUUCAUCAAAUAAAGACUUUAAAGAUACCAAUGUUAUACGUGGCUUAACUCGUCGCAUAAACAAUGAAGCAGAUUUAUCGCUUCAUAAAUCCGGCCGUGCUGGACGUUCCUAUACACAGUCCAAUCGCAAGUGGAUUGAUUUUAGAUCGAGCAGAGUAUCAUCAGGCUUAGGACAAGUAUGGGAGUCAAAUAAAGCAGAAGACUAUGAAAAUAAUAGAAGACGUCUUGCCGGGUGUGGAUACUUUCGGCCAUGCCUUUGUUGCUGCUGUUGUGCGCUACUUCUUGGUGCUUUAUUAGCUACAAUUCUCGGUGUUCUACUUGGAUUCAAAUCACCACCGGGAACUAGCACACCAACUAUAUCAACGACAACAGUUACAGGAACAACUGAUACGACAAGCAUAACAACAACAACAAUAACAAACAUGACUACAGAUGUAACACAAACCACUAAUACUGACACAGUGCCCAUUCUCAGUAAUACAACAAAUAUUGGUACUGACGCAUCGACUGCUGGCACUGAUACCAUAGCUAGUAGCACUAACAAAACAACAAGUAGUACAAACGUAACGACGGCAACAGAGACUACAACAACUGCAACAACAACCACAAGUGAAACAACAACAUCAGCAACCACAAUAACUGCAACAACUGUAACAACAACAAGCACUGUUACUACUACAGCAACGACCACAUCAAUAACUACAAAAACAACUUCAACUACAUCAACAACAACCACUGAAACGAAAUCAACGACCACAACCACUACAACAACGACAUCAAAAACAACAUCGACCACAUCCAAAACAACAACAACAACAACAACAUCAGCGACCACAACAACAACAACUACUACUACAACGACAAUGACGGUCUGUUCGGGUGCAGGCUUGGGUGCGCUUCUAUCUCGAGACACUCCAGUGUCGUGGACUCAAUUUUCUUUUACUUAUGUCGCGACACAAACAGCACCUAUUGUUCAAUUUGCGUUCAAUAAUGGUGGAACAAAUACUUAUUUAGAUGGAAUCUCUAUUGUUGACACGGCUACACCUGGUACUCAACUACUGACAAAUCCUAGUUUUGAAAGUUCAACGUCAGUACCACCAACUGGUUGGGUUGCAUGGUGUACAUACACGUGUGACACCGGCACUAGUGGUCAAAUAGUCACUAAUAGUUCUGCCUGUCAACCGAAUUCUGGUAAUCAUUGUUUCUGGAAUCGUUGUACACAUGGCUACGAAUUUAUUGGACAGAAAUUCACUGCUGUAGUCGGUCAUACUUACAACGUAUCAUUCUGGCUAGAAAUUACUGCUGGAAGUACUUCUCAAUUCUAUGCUGACAUUACUUAA